AUGGAACUAUACGAUAUAUUGCUGCAGGCUGGGUUGAUGACGUCGGUGUUGGUUAUGUAUUUAAUUUUUUUUUGCAAACGUCAGACGAAACAUAAAGGACAUUACUCACAACCAGGUUGGAAUUACCCACUUAAACGUUGGCUAUCACGGUUCUAUGCAAUAGGCCAUUGGAAAUCUCAAAGUGUGUCAGUACAUAUAAAUGAGUUACCUCGUACUGAUCUGUACGAGGGCUGGGACUCCGUGGACGUACGCGCCACCAGCGCGGACGGGGCUACUGUACUUCUCGGUAUACGAAAGUUGUGCGGCAGGCAACCUAUUGCAGAAGUCACAUUAUACGUCAAGUUAUCAGAUGGAUCCAGUUAUAGAUUGCCAAGACAUCCUGAUACAAUUACAUGCUUAUGGGACAAUGUUGAGAACGCAUGGAGUGCAGGUGGACUGAAAAUCCAGGUCUUAGAACCGGAAAUACGAUUAAGAAUUUUAUUCAACGGACUCUUGACUUCAGUUGAUGAUGGCAGUACACAACAUGUUGACUUUAAAUUUAUUUGGACGUCUGGCACAAAGGUGGUACGGCAUCCUGAGGAUUGGAGCCCAGAACUCGCGGCCCAAGCCUUGGCUAUGGAGCAGUGGCGAGACAGCAAAUGGCCUUUUUUACUAGGCACAUGGGGGGAGGGUGGUUGGAUGCAAUGUGGUGUUGUUCAAGGUCGCUUCCAAUCAUUCGAUCAGCAAGGUGUCAUGCAGAAGGAUGAAUAUCUACGUCUGCGAGGAUUUAGAGAAAGAAGUUGGGCACCCAAUGGUUAUGAAGGUCGAAGGCGAUCUGUUACCGUUACAGCGUCGUCUAAAGACGGUACCUUGGUGCAUCUUCGUGGACUUUCAUAUAGAAACAUCUUGACGCAAUGUAUAUCAGGACAUGUUAGAUAUCCUAGCUACAAGGUGGAGAAUAUUAUUGACACAGAUUUCGUACUACAAAACUUCAGUGAAACUGUCGACGGUAUUCCGAAGGUAUACACAAUAAAUCUGAGAACAAAAAGUCGAGAAUUUAGUAUGGUACUGCGCAUUAAUUCUGAUGGCGGUAAACUGCUUAGUGGCAUCCCUUACCAGCAAGAGUUGGAAUAUCGUACUUUGGCUGUCAGCAUCGAUGAGUCAUCUGGCUCUGGCAUCCUGGAACUUGGCUAUGAGCCUGCAGAAAUAUCAGACCCAACAGCGAGUUUGUCCCCACCGCGUACCCUAAAGUGGCUCAGUGAGAAUGAUGUGGGCUCGGUGGGCUACUGCUUGCCAUUCGAAGCCCGCGCCGCGGCCUGUCCUGAUUAUGUAGGGGGUAAGGGCGCCUCUUUAGCUCUUCUUGCUUCCGUGCAAGAUAUUGAGGGCUAUAAAGUUCCGCCAGGAUUUUGCCUGACUAUACGAGCGUUGGAGAAACAUCUGGAUGCUAAUCCCGAAUUAUUGGCAGCUAUCCGUGAGAUAGAGGCUGCUAAUGAAAACUAUGAUGAAGCUAAUUUCAAAGACAAAUGCAUAAAGACAACAGAAUUAUUCAUUAACACAGAAAUAACAGAGGACGUAAGAAAUGAAAUACUCGCCCAUUUACAAGAGUUAAGAAAAUCUACUACAAAACAAAAUUUGGAACAACGGUUUGCGGUCAGAUCUUCAGCGGUGGGCGAGGAUAGCGAGACGCUCUCAGCGGCCGGGCAGAACGAAACGAUACUGGGCUGCACGAGUGACGAGCACGUACUGCGCGCCGUGCAGAAGUGCUGGGCCUCUAUGUUCGCGUUCACCAGCGCCUACUACCGCAGACAGAACGGGCAGCCGUGCGCGUGCGGCGGUGGCGUGGUGGUGCAGGCGCUGGUGGAACCGCACGCGGCCGGCGUCAUGUUCACGCGACACCCCGAUCGGGGCGACGCCUCGCGGCUCCUCAUCACUGCCAACUACGGUCUUGGUGAAACUGUAGUAUCUGGUUCCGUAGAACCUGAUACUAUAAUAGUGAAGCGCAGCGAGGGAAAUCCUCUUAGUAUCAUAAAAAUCGAAUUGGGAUCGAAAACUCAACGAGUAACGACAGCUAGCGAUGGAGUCACCACUGAGGAUGUACCAGAGGCAGAGCGAGCAAUUCCUUGUUUAUCUGAAAUAGAAGCUCUAAAGUUGGCUCAGCUUGGCGUGGCUCAAGAGGAGCUAUGGGGAGCAGGAAGGGAUAUCGAGUGGGCUAUUACUAAGAACGGUAUGUAUCUAUUACAAGCGCGUCCCAUCACGUCCCUGGAGCGCUGGACGGAGGAGGAACUUCUGCACGAACUAGACACACCUAUCUUGUCUGACGAGGAUCUUACCACCUUCGCUAACACUGGUGAGGUGUUACCAAAACCUUUGACUCCAUUGACCGUCGACCUUGUGAUGCGUCCUUUGAUUUCGGGUAUGACGGACAUAAUCAGUACUAAUAUGGAGCCAUUUGAAGAUGGUGUUGUAUUCACUCACAACAGAACCGGAUUAGCACUGUACAAUACAACAUACCGCAAUAUGCCUAAAAAAAUUAAUAUAAAUAUACGUAUGAGUGAGAUGGCCGUUCAUGGAAGAAAGGUGGCCGACCAGAACAUUGUCGAUACAGCUCUACGUCGUAGGACCCCUGACUGGACUUACACCGUUCAAAUUAUUAAAACACUAUUAAAGUGUCUAUUUACUUCAAAGCGCAAAAUGGAAGAUAACAUUAAACUUGCUAGUGCAAUGAAUAUACAAAUGGAUAGUAAUGACCCGCUGCAAAUGUUCAAGAUCCUACUAAACCAACAAGAUAUAAUGAGUCGUCUUUCUUGGAAUCAUACUGUCACUAGUACUGCUAGUACUUCCAGUCAAUUCAUUGCCAUGUCUGUAUUAUUAGAAGGCGCAUCAGAUUUUACAGCAGAACACUGUACUGAAAUAAGCAAAUUGCUCAGUUCGGGGGAUGUACUUUCCGCAGAAGUGCCUUUAGGUCUAGCUAAAUUGGCGCGACAACUAGAACACUCAGGGAAACUUGACCAAUUUAAAGCACUUGAUCCAAAAGAAGCAAUACGUUGGCUUAUGACUAACUUGCCAAAUGUACAUUUGGAAGUACUAGAAUUUUUGAAAGUGCAUGGUCAUAGAGCAAUUAUGGAGUUCGAUAUGGUGACGAAACCAUGGGUUUUAGUUCCCGAAGAGCUCAUGACGAUACUUCAAAAUAUGAAAGUAACGGAAAAGGACAAUCAAGAAAAGAAAUCUGAUGCUGAAGUUAUCGCUUCACUGACUACUCCAAAAAAGGCAAGAACCAGGAAAGUAUUGUCAUGGGUGCUUCCACUAUGUCGCCGGACAGUGCGUCACAGAGAAGCUACAAAGGCGAAUCUAAUUUUGGGCAUCCACAAGUUGCGCCUGGCGGCCAUUGAACUCGGCAAGCAGAUGGUGCGCCUCUGGUACUUGCCGCACCAUGAUCUCGUGUUCUUCUUCCAAGCACAGGAGUUGGUUAACUAUAUAACUAAUAGGGAUCCAGCAUUAUUAAGGAAGGCGAUGCAACGACAACAAUACUAUCCUAAAUGGUGUAAACUAAAAUUUGCCGAAAUCAAUACGGGCUGGGUGCACCCUCUGCCGGCAAGGGAACCCUCAGUUACUGCUGGAGACGUCAAGUUGGAAGCUACAUCGGUUUUCGGUGGAGAGGUGAUAGCCAGAGCUUGCGUUGUUAAGGAUCUUUCAGAGGUCCACCAGUUGCAGCAAGGCGAUGUGCUGAUAACGCACGCCACAGACAUCGGCUGGUCGCCGUACUUCCCGCUCCUCACGGGGAUCGUCACGGAGUUAGGCGGGCUCAUAUCACAUGGCGCUGUCAUAGCUCGGGAGUACGGCCUGCCUUGUAUUGUGGGCGCUAUGGAUGCUACGGACAUUUUCAAAACGGGAGAUAUUGUAAGACUCUCUGGUACAAAGGGUCUGAUCGAAAAAGUACAAAUGUCGGAGCAACCUGUCGAGAGUUGA